CCAGAAUUCAUUCCAAUCGCAUUCUAAAGAAACAAAUUUUAUAAACACCAAAAUAAUAAUCAAGGAUUUAACAACCUUUUUAUUUCCUUUAGUUGGAAAUAAUGAAUUCCAAAUCUGAUCAUGAAGCAGAAAAAGAAAAAAAGUUGACAAUUACUAAUAGAUUUGGGGAGUCAUUAGAAAACUAUGAGCUACCUAACGAGAGCGACCACAAAACCAAUGUUUACCCAAAAAAGAUUCCUAACAGAAAAAAUGGUAUAUUAAAGAACAGCGAUUUCAAUCACGGUGCUGUAGAUAAUCCAUACAAUGAGGAUGUGGAUUUGGCAGACAUACUUGGAACAAAUUGGCCCAAACGAGCGGGAGCGGCGGCGAUGAUUUUAAAUAACAAAAGCAAGACGGUGGCAGAACCUUUGGCUAGUGAGGUUACAACUUUGAAACCAGCUUCUCCUAUUUUAGCAAAAGUUGAACAAGAGGAACCAAUACGUUUCACAAUCGCUGAUUAUCAGCCUCUAAGUGAAAUACCGGGUACCGAACUGGCGAUUGGUUCCCUUGUGGAAGUCUCGAACUCUGGAGUAUGUGAAGAUCUGUACGGCGUUAUAAGAUGGGUUGGAAUUCCUCCCGGCUUACCAAGAAAUGUUCUUGUUGGAAUAGAGGUGGAAGACGAAUCCAACUUGAAAAAUGUGUCGACAUCAGACGGAAGGCACAAUGGUGUUCGCUUAUUUACUUGCCAUGAUGGUCGAGCUGUUUUUGUACCAGCCAACAGAUGUACUGCUGACCGGCGCUUCGCCGAUGUAGAUAAUAGUGUUGCUGCAAAUAGAGUGUCCAAUAACUUUGCAAAGAAGUUUGGUGUUGCUGAUUGUCCUGCUAUUUAUGGUUCGAUACCGCCAAUAGAAAUACACAACUCUGAAGAGCUGGCCAGCAUUUGUGGAAAGUUUAAAGGAAUACAGGGACAUCACAACUCAUGCUAUCUUGAUGCAACAUUAUUUUCGAUGUUCACGUUUACCAGUGUAUUUGAUUCAAUUCUGUACAGGCAACCAGGACCACAAGACAUUCGUAAUUACAGUGAAGUACAGAAGGUUUUGCGUGAUGAAAUCGUCAAUCCUUUAAGAAAAAACGUUUUUGUGCGAUCUGAUCGUGUGAUGAAACUUCGCGAGCUUCUGGAUCAGCUUAGUUCUGUUAGCGGUCUCACCUGCGAGGAAAAAGAUCCUGAAGAGUUCCUAAACAGUUUGCUCUCUCAAAUUAUGCGAGUUGAGCCGUUUUUAAAGCUAAGUUCUGGACAAGAUUCUUAUUUUUACCAGUUGUUUGUUGAAAAGGAUGAAAAGUUAACAUUACCGAGCGUCCAGCAACUGUUUGAGCAAAGCUUCCACUCCUCGGAUAUAAAACUUAAGGAAGUUCCUUCUUGUUUUAUCAUUCAAAUGCCUCGUUUCGGAAAGAACUACAAGAUGUAUCCAAGAAUACUUCCAUCGCAAGUACUUGAUGUUACCGACAUUAUUGAAAACUCUCCGCGACAGUGCUCCCUUUGUGGCAAACUAGCCGAGUAUGAAUGCAGAGAUUGCUUUGGAAGUCUUCAAGCUGGAUCUGGACUUGAAUGCACCGCCUUUUGUCCAAAAUGUCUUAAAACAUUUCACUCUCACAACAAAAGAACUAAUCAUGUGUCGAAAAAGAUUUUUAGUCCAAAGGAAUUUAGAAUCAUGGCAGAGCACAUGGUUGUCCCUCGAUUGUACAUGGAAUUAUUCGCAGUUGUUUGCAUCGAAACGUCUCAUUAUGUGGCGUUCGUAAAGUCUGGCUCCGGACCUGAUGCACCAUGGUGUUUUUUCGACUCAAUGGCUGAUAGAAAAGGCGAACAGAAUGGAUACAAUAUACCUGAAAUUACAUGUGUUCCAGAAUUAACACAGUGGCUCUCGGAAGAAGGCGCGCGAUCUAUUAAUGAAACUUCAACGAACGAUAAAGUAUUACCUGAACACGCUAAGCGUAUUUUUUGCGAUGCCUAUAUGUGUCUGUACCAAAGCACAGAUAUAAUGAUGUACCAUUAGAAAAAAUUUAUCUUUAAUAAACAUGGAUACAAUACAAUUUUUGUAAAAAUCUCAA